AUGUCCGGAGGCCAUCAAAGCGUGUGGACCGACGGAUCAUGUCGUAACCAGGGAAACCCGAAUGCGACCGCCGGAUACGGAGUCUACUGGGGACCCGGUGAGUCAUGUGUCCCACAGAAGGAAAGCUGAAAACUAUAUCGAUUGUAGGACAUCCGAACAACCGCAACGGACCGGUCGCCGGUCACCAGGACAGCAAUCGUGCGGAGCUGCGUGCCGCUCAACAAGCCGUCCGCACUGUAAGUAGUUGUAGUUUCCUCUGAAAGACCAUAUGAUACAUUUCAGGCUUCGAGACAAGGAGUGCCGAGCAUGACGAUCCGUUCGGAUUCUCACUACGUCCGAGACGCCGUCGCCAACUCGGCAAAGUUCCAAAGGUUCGCACUUUGCAUAGCCUUGUAAUAGUAGCCUGUUCAUUUCAGCGUUCCCGCCGUCAAUCGUGACCUUCAUCAGUCGAUCAACGCGAUGAAGGCGCGUACUUCGGUCAGUGUGCAGCAUGUUCCGAGCAACUCGAGCCACGGCAACCAAAAGGCUCACGGACUCGCCAAAGCUGCUGCCUCUGGAGGCGGGGCCAAGCACGGAGGAGGAGGAGGUGGAAAAGGAGGUGGAAAAGGGGGAAGAAAGUGAUAAAGUUGUGUUCAACUGACUGUUUCAAUAAAAUCAUGUUAACUACAACUACAAACGAGUCUGUUAGAUCUCUCGAACAAUACUUGAUCGCAAAAAGCGACACAAAUCCUUUCAAACAUAGAGUUUCACAAUAGCUAAAGGCGUGAUUGAAACGCACUGUUCGUUGUCCUGUUCGAAAUGUGCUUUAAAGGCUACAAUACUGAUAAAGUAUCCAAGUAAAUAAGUGUUGUACGAUGCAACUUGCUCCUUUCCUCUGAGCACUUUGAUCAGCUGACAAGCGCGCAAAAAAGUUCAGUUUCUCACAAAUCCGCCCGUAAUUUCCGCUCUCUUUUUCUCCCUCAUGUGCUAUUUGAUCGGUCAAUUCGCGUCGUACAAUACGGUAUUGCAGUCUUCAUGCAAAGAGAAGAGAUCGGAACCGUACACGUUGCAGAAAGAGACCAAACACAUAUUUUUCCGUAUUCACAUAAAAUUUUGAUAGCCGCGCUCCGCGGUGCCCAUUCAAACAAAUCGCUUUGCACUUCGAAACGGUUUUCUCGCUUUUCGGCUUUCUCUUUCCGCCUCAAACACAUUUCUGUACGUAAAGGAGCCAGCGACGUCACUUUGAGCUCCGUUUCAAAGAGUCGCCAAUUCAAUCUCUCUGCGUGUCCUUGUGUACAUCGAAAAAGUGUUUGUCAUCGAAUGAUUAAAUGUCGGAAAAGAUUGUAAAUCGUGAGAAAACCACGUCUCUUUUGUUGGCUUCGAUGGCACACAUUCAUCACUUCUUUCAGUUCACUUCUCCAAACCGCACUUCAAAAUGUCCGCUGCCAACGGAAAUGUCGUCCUUGGCUCUAAACAGGUAAUUGUUAAAACUCUACAAAAUCUCUGUGUUCAACUGUGCGAACAUUUCAGAGAACCCGCCUCGAAGCAAUGGCCCGAGGACCAAUCCAGGUGGAUCCGGUGGUCGAAGCGCCGGCGACAGUCCCCUCCUUCACAACGUCCAUCCUGAUCGUACUCCAGAUGUUAGUUGCAAUGCUGCGGUAAGAUCUUCUUUUCCAAACGUCGCCUGAAUCAUUGUUUUUUUGAAGGGAGGUUGCAAUGGAGAACCUCGUUGGAGGCACCGUUACUCACGUGGUGUGCCCGACGAUCAAUCACGCAGACUACGACAUUGAAGUAGCCGAAGUGAACGUUGUAAGUUGCCCGCUCAAUUAUCCUCUCACAAAACGAGUUUCAGGUUCUCACCUACACCGAGGAGAAAACCAUAGGCACGCGGGACCACCAUGAAGCUGGUGGUCUUGCAACAGAAGUUAGUUUCACUUUUUAUUCAUUCGUCUCCUCUCUUUUCUCUCUAUUUUGAUCGCUAACUCUAAACUGAUUUCAGUGUCAUCAUAACAAGAUUCCGGCGCGACAAUGAGAUCGGAAUGGAAGAUGCUCUCAAGGCGGUCGACUCGUUCGACCAAACGAACCCUUUAUGGAAAUUCCUAAAGAACCAUUUGGGCGACGUGGAAACAACGACGGACAAUUCGCUCUUUUGUAAGCGUUUUCAUUCGGUUUUCAUUACAAAAUUCUCAUUUUUCAGGCCCGCCUCUGAUCUCCUCCGACGACAACUUCCCGCCUCUCUAG